GUUAUGCCAUAAAACAUCACGUGGUUCGGUGGCGUUGUCUCGAUGGGAAUUCGAUCUUUGAUAUUUAUUUACCGGUGCUUGUUGCCGCUUCUCUGCUUUUUUGUUUUCUAUAUUUUGGUUGUUUGUUUGCUUGUUGGUUGGCUGUGUGUCUUCUACAGUUGAUUUUUAUCGUGCACAUACAGCGCUUCUCAUAGAUGAUGAACUACUCGUCGGCAGAGCUGUUCCGCAGCUCGCCGCCUCCGACCUUUGAGCUCCACGAGCGGGCACGACUCGUUCCGAUAAUGGAGGACAAGUACCUCGCGCUCUUCCUGACGGUCGCGAUUUACUGGGUGGCCUCGUGUUUCUUCCACCUGAUCGAUGCCUACGACCUGCUACCGCAGUACCGCAUACACACGCCGGCCGAGGUCACGUCGCGCAACAAGGUCACGGUCUACGAGGUCAUGCGCGACGUGCUGCUGCAGCAGGUCGUGCAGACGAUCGUCGGCAUCACAAUCACCUACUUUGACCCGCCAGACUACACCGGGAUGGAGGCCUACGAGAUCUGGCUGCUGGCGCAGAAGCUUCCGCGGCUGCCGCUGCCGCUCGUCGCGCUGCUGUACUCGUACGGCUUCUCGGCGAUGCGCAUCAUCCUCGCGUUCUUCAUCCUCGACACAUGGCAGUACUUCUUGCACCGCGCAAUGCACACCUCGCGGUAUCUCUACCGCACGUUCCACUCGCGCCACCACCGGCUGUACGUGCCCUAUGCGUUUGGCGCGCUCUACAACCACCCGUUCGAGGGCCUGCUGAUGGACACGAUCGGCGCGGGCCUGGCGAUGAAGCUCUCGGGCCAGUCUGUGCGCGAGGCGCUCAUCUUUUUCACAUUCUCGACGCUGAAGACGGUCGACGACCACUGCGGCUACGCGCUGCCUUUUGAUCCGCUGCAGAUCUUGUUCCAGAACAACGCGGCGUAUCAUGACAUCCACCACCAGCAGUUUGGAAUCAAGACGAACUUUUCGCAGCCGUUUUUUAUUGUGUGGGAUCGUUGGUUGGGUACGCAGUAUAAGGGACCUAAUAAGCAGCAUAUCGGCCGGCGCGACCCGGUUGAGAAGAAGGAUGAGUAGUCCACUACUCCUAUCUUCCUCUAUUUUCUCUCUUCUUUCUUUCUUUUCUUCUUUCUUUCCUCUCUCUUUAAUCUUGGUCUUGUGAACUGUGACUACGCUCAGAUAGAGUAUAAUGAGUAUAAUAAUACAUCUCUGAUAAACAAU